AUGCUUCUGCUCAAGAGAUUGUUGAUACGUUUGGACAGUUCCAUGCCAUACAGCGCCACACUCGUCCCAUUGUUGGAGAUGCUCGCCGACGUGUGGAAUGCUCUCACGACAACAACAACAAGGAAGUGUUUCCAGCAUGCCUACCGCAUACCUGGCUGCAGCAUUGACACUUCGCCUGACUACCUGCCGACUGAGGAGGGCGACGAAACCAUAGUGCUGUCCGCUCUGCAAGCGCACAACAUAAUUGCCGACCUCAACGAUUAUGCAGCUACUGAUGACAGUCUGUGCGUGUGCAGGGAGGACACACUCGACAACUUGGUAGCAGAGGUGCUGCCAGCACAAUAUAGCAGCGAAAGCGAAGAGGAGUUAGGAGCGGAUACAACUGCACAGGCCUUGUUUCACUACAUUGCUCAGGCGGCUGGUGUCUGCUGCGCGGCCACCCGGCCGCUCAGCCCCACGAUUCUUGAGUUGGACGAGCGAGGCCAUGCCUCGGAAGCCCUCUGGAAAGACCAUAGCACUCAGCAGAGUGCCAUGAGUGCUAUGCGCGACUCCGACAGCCCGGCCACCGAACCGCAGUUUUCAGCGCCCUCCAAGCGCGCCCCAUGCGCCGGGCAUCGCCGUUCGCACAGCCUGACAACAAACAGUCUCGUGCGGCACACCCUGCAUGUCACCCCAGAACAGCAGGCAUACGUCAAUGGGCUCAUAGACAAGUGGGAAGCCCAGAAUCCCCCCAAGCCCUUCAAGCCCUUCGAACUUCCCGUGGAGUUCGAAGUUCGCUUCAGCGCUCUAUCCAACGCUGCUGCUGAACCACUGCUACCUCAGCGAGACGACCCUGGAGCUCCUGAACGAGCCGGCCCCUCGGAGGAGCACCGAAGCGUCUCACUGCCCCCCACCAACAGGGAAGAGCAGAUGGACUCAACUGCUUCCCGCAAGCGCAGCCGCGAGGAGGUCAGCAGCGACGACAAGGAGGACGAACCUCGCAAGCAGUCGGCCGCCUCUCCUGCCGAUCCCGAGCCUUCCGACGAGGACAGCGUCCCCACACAGUGCACUGAGGAGACAGGGACAGAGGCCACAACACCUGCGAGCCUCGACGAAGCUGCCACUGCUGCAGUGACCUCCUCGGCGGCCCAAACUACUUCGGCGAGCCCCUCCCCCGUCCUCUUCCCGUCAGGAGAGACGCUGGUGGCCGAUGCUGCUGCCCAGGACAGCGGUAGCCCUCCUCCCGCCCCUGCGGCAGCUGAGACGCCGACAACCCCUCUCGAUUCACUCUCGGCUGGAGCAGAGGCCAUGGACGAGGCUACAGUUGACACCUGCACGCAGGAAACCACUCGGAAGACCACCCCAGUGACCGCAAUGGCCUUUCUGAGGUCCCCAACAGCAGGAGAACAGCCAGCAUCCCGCAAGAGGAAGAAGAAGGGCAGGAAGACAGCUCGGAAACAGCACAUCCCUGCUGCACCCCUGAGCACCCCUGCUGUUUCUUCCUCUGCGGGACCAAGUGCCCCUCCUGCUGAUCCUGUCACCACUGGGAGACCACCAGCCCUGGCCCCUGCGGUUACCAGCACCCCGAGAGCCAGCCAGACAAGGAAAAUCACCACCGCUGCCCUGCCGGUGGACCCUGCUGUCGUGGGGACAGUGCUUUUCCGGCCUUCUGCUCCUGGCGGCUCAUUUCACGGCACUCCACGCCCGAGUAUCGCGCAGGCGCUCCCAUCGCACCCGGGUGUUGCUGACAUCCGGGUGAAUCACCACCGCAACAUCGUGGCGGUGGACGCGACCUCUCAGGAGUGCCUCACUCUGCUCCUGGCCCUUCCCGCGCCGUCACGCAGUUUACGGGCACCUAGCGCCAUCAAGGUAAGAAAGUGA